AUGUCUUCCACCAGGACAACCACAUUGGAAGAGCCUAUCCAGGUCGAUCUCUCCGCCCCGCUGAAGAACCACCCCUCCCUCGUUGCCCCUGAACCAGAACAUUGCCCAGGCCCAGAGUCCAAACUCGCAGGCAAAGGUGAUGCCUGCGCCGGCUGUCCUAACCAAAGCAUCUGCGCUUCUACUCCAAAAGGUCCUGACCCUGACAUCCCUCUCAUCACCUCCCGUCUCUCCGGCAUCAAACACAAAAUCUUGGUCCUCAGUGGCAAAGGCGGGGUGGGAAAAUCUACAUUCACGACAAUGCUAGCACACGCUUUCGCUGCAGAUGAAAGCAAUAUGGUCGGUAUAAUGGAUACGGAUAUCUGUGGACCCAGUAUACCGAAAAUGAUGGGGGUAGAAGCUGAGACGAUUCAUGUCAGUAAUGCUGGGUGGAGUCCUGUGUGGGUCGCGGACAACUUGGGAGUGAUGAGCAUACAGUUCAUGCUGCCAUCCAGAGAUGAUGCCGUGAUAUGGCGAGGCCCAAAGAAGAAUGGACUGAUUAAGCAAUUCUUGAAAGACGUCGAAUGGGGCGAAAUGGACUACCUGCUCGUGGACACUCCACCCGGAACGAGUGACGAGCAUCUAAGUGUCAAUUCCUAUUUGAAAGAAUCCGGAGUCGAUGGCGCAGUUGUGGUGACAACGCCGCAAGAGGUUAGUCUGUUGGAUGUACGAAAAGAGAUCGACUUCUGUAGGAAGGCAGGUAUUAAAGUACUAGGUAUCGUUGAGAACAUGUCGGGCUUCGUGUGUCCGAGCUGCAAACAUCAGAAUCAGAUCUUCAAAGCUACGACUGGUGGGGCAAGGAAGCUGGCAAAAGAGACAGGCAUUCCCUUCCUUGGGGCAGUCCCUUUAGAUCCAAGGAUUGGUAUGGCAUGUGAUUAUGGGGAGAGCUUCUUUGACAACUUCCCGCUCAGUCCAGCUUGUGCGGCUCUACAAGGGGUGGUGAAAAGGGUCCAAGAGGAGGCCGGUAUUAGUACAGUGCCAUGA